AUGUCUAGCAUCCCAGCGGUGUUUUUCAUGGCUGUUGAAUACGGAAUCAUGACUGCUUGCACGACAGUCCCAGUCACAACUCUAUCCUCCGUUAUGACACUCCCACCUUAUAAUUUUGGAUCAUCUCAAAUUGGACUCAUGGGAAUUCCACCUUUUCUCGGUACAAGCUUGGGAGCUCUGAUCUGUGGUCCAUUGAGUGACUAUAUUGCGCUUCGCUUGGCACGAAGAAAUAACGGAAUCUUCGAACCAGAAAUGCGUCUUUGGCUUUCUUUAAUUUUUACUCCUUUUGUGCCCGCAGGUCUAUUUAUGUUUGGCAUUGGACUGAAUAAUGGCUCGCACUGGCUCUUGCCUGCGUUCGGGCUUGGAGUCACUGGGUUUGGUGUUGUUCCGGCUAGUAGUGCUGCACUGACAUACCGAUGCGUACACUGA